UGCAAUCCUUAUAUAUAGCCCAAAAGAUCUUUUCCACGAAAGCCAUUCCAUUCACAGGAUGAGGAGCGGGCAGCUAAAAAACAUUUGUUACGUGACGAUUUUGUUACCUUUUGUCAUUGUCAUUAUAACUAACCUGGCGAUUUGUCGAAAUCAAGAUGGGAAAAGCGAGCUUUCGCAAAGAGUAAAGCCAAGCCCAGAGCAUCUGAGGAUGGGAACCGAUGUGGGAAUUAGACGCGUUUUAAGUCAUGAGUGGAAACACACAAAGGAAUUCCUUCACAGAGAAAGUUAUAACUUUACUAUAAACAAUCCUGAAGUUUGCCACACGACGGGCCGCCUUCACGAUGGGGUAUUUUUACUGGUUAUUGUAGUGACGACACCUCAGAAUUUCGUGCAGCGUUUACAGUUCCGUCAAACGUGGGGUUCCAGAACGCAAUUCAAAGACGAACAAAUCCGUACAUUGUUUCUUACAGGAAGAGGUCCAAACUCCACAAUGCAAUACAAAUUGAAGGCCGAAAACGACAAGUACGAAGACAUUAUUCAAGCCGACUUUGAAGACAGAUAUCUUAAUUUGACACUAAAAACGAUCUUAGCCUUACGUUGGACGCUACAGUACUGCCCAAAAGCUCUUUACCUCUUGAAAUCAGAUGACGAUAUGAUUGUCAGCUACGAAAAACUUUCCGAAUAUCUGUAUAGUUUGCCGUGGAAGCAAGUGCCAAGACUGCACAUGGGAACUUUGCUGGUAAACAAACCACCUUUUAGAUCUAAACACCAUAAGUGGUACACAAGCUAUGAUGAAUGGCCUGAAAAGCAUUUUCCACCGUAUAUUUCAGGAGCGGCUUAUGUCUUGGGGCACAGCACCGUGAAAGAACUUUAUUCAGCUGCUAUGGAAACACCCUUAUUUAAAUUCGAAGAUGUUUUCAUGGGAAUAUGUGCGAGAAAAGCUAAUUUAACACUCAGCCAUAACCAUGAUUUGCCAGACUUCCGUAUGGGUGAUCAUUACAGCUAUUGCCUAUACGAUGGAUAUAUCACAAUUCACCAUGCUGCUUCAAACUUACGUUGGCGAUAUUGGAAACAACUUCGUUCGUCUCAGCGUCCAAACUGUACUGUCACUGGCUGGAAGGUUUUUGAUUAUUGCUCAAAUAUAGAGAGCUCUGAUCCAACAUACUCUGUGCACGGUUGUGAAACCAUACAAAACUGGUAGUACUUAAUAUAAAGAAUACAAGUGGAAAGUAGUUCUUAGACUAUGAAUAUAAAUGGCAUCCCUUUUCGACGAAUAGACAAAAUAAUGACUGAACUGGUGAUUUCAUGCGAAUAAUAAAAUAAUGUUGUACAAGUUAUAUCUAGAUGUGUUUUAUAAUGCGGUCAAUUCCCUUC